AUGCUCUCCAUGGCUUCAAGUUGGAGAAUCCGAGCUCAACCAUUCGAUCAUUUCUUGAAUAAUGACAGCGUCGUCAGCGUUCCAAGCCAAGCCGGUUCUCUCACCGGAAUCAUUCUCCACCUCGGCGACUCUUUACCGGCUGGGCAUCUUGGGAGCCGGGCGGCAUCUGGAAGCAUUCAUUCAGCCUUGUGGGUCCGCCCAUGCUGCAAGGUGAAGCUCCUCCGAGGCUGUCGUUUCCGCCCCCAAACCCCUUGCUACACCCCUAGACCUCGUGGCAUAUCCUUCUGCCUCCAACCUGGAUUGAACACCAAGGACUUCGUCGACUACUGGCAUCAGCUGGUGGCCAUGCGGUGUACCGAACAUAUCUGA